CCUGCUGCUCCUGGCCGUGGCCCUGCCUGCCAGGGCUGCCCAGGCUGCUCCGCUGCAAGCGCGGCGAGCAGACUGGAAUAGUGACAUGGGUUUCCAGGAAGUCCUGAUGAAUGAUGGUUUGAAGUUCCUGGAGGAUGCUGGAGCUGAACCUGCUGGUGAAGGCCCCACAUCCAGGACUGAGGCUCUGGGAGAUGCUGAGGGGAGGACUUUCAUACGUCCUUUGGUGGUUAUUGCUGACAAGCCCAGCUCCCAUGGCAGGGUUCCUCCAAACAGGAAGAUGCAAGACACAAGUGACAAGAUAUCCCUGGAACGAUCCAAACAGACGAGGCAAGUGCUGAAGGAACUCCUGCAGACAAGACAAGAAAUUAAAGGAAAGCCUAUGCAGAAGGAAGCAUUUCCCGGUGGAAGCAGUGGCUCCAUGCCAGCCUCUGCUCCAGGAAGGGAGGUCAUGCCAGGCACAAUCAAGGAAGAUGAGGUUGCUGGGAAGGCUUCUCCAUCAGCUUGGAUGAAUAAAGUUUUGAUGCCCUUGGAGCCUCCUGCGGAUGUGUCUACAGGGAGGACUUCUCCAGCUCCUACCUUGGAUGCUGUACACAAGCCCAGCUCCCAUCACAGGGGUUCUCCGACAAGGAAGAUCCUAUACACAACAGAUAAGAUAUCCGUGGAACAAUCUAAACAGAGGAGGCAAGAGCUGAAGGAACUCCUGCAGACAAGACAAGAGAUGGACAUAGUGCUUCAGUGGAAGGUGGCAUUUAUUGAAGGAAGCACUCCAUCUUCGGUGCCAGCCCCUGCUGCAGGAAGGAAGGCAAAGCCAGACACGGGCACAGGCACAGCAGACUGGGAGGCUGGGAAGGAUUCUGCAUUAGCCUGGCGCUCUGAAGUUGUGAAGCCCUCUGGGCAUUCUGCAGGCGUGUCUGCAGGGACGACUUCACCAACUCCUACCUUGGAUGAUACAGAAAAGCCCAGCUCCCAUGGCAGGGGUCCUACAACAGGAGAGACCAAAGACAUGGCAGAAAAGAAAUUCCAGGACCCAUUAGAAAUCAUGUGGCAAAUGCUGAAGGAAUGUCUGCAGACAAGACAAGAAAUAAAAGGAGAGCCUGUGCAGAAGGAAGCAUUUGCAAGAGGAAGCAGUGGUUCCAUGCCAGCCUCUGCUCCAGGAAGGGAGGCAAUGCCAGGCACAGGCACGGGAGCUGAACCUGCUGGUGAAGGCCCCACAUCCAGGACUGAGGCUCUGGGAGAUGCUGAGGGUGUAUCUGCAGGGAGGACUUCUCCAGCUCCAGGGCUGGGUGCUUGGCCCCAACCCAGCUCCCAUGGCAGGCGUCCUCCAAAAGGGAAGACCCAAGAUACUGCAGCUAAAAUGUCUCAUGACUCAGGUGAAUUCCUGAGACAAACACAGAAGGAAGCACCCGGAGGACAAGUGAUGGACCAAAAGGCUGUGCAGAAGGAGGAACAGCCAGGGAGAAGCAGUGGCUCAUUGGCAGCCCUAGCUGCAGGAAAGAAGGCAAUGACAGACACAGGCACAGGCACAGCAGAUGCAGGCAGCACCACAAGACCUGUUCCUAAUGCCCAGGAUGGCUUCGGAAGGGGUUUCUGUCAGGGAACCGGCUGCUGGCUAGGGUUACUGGGAGGCAUGCUUUAUUUGGAGUUUGUCUUCAUGAUGUGCUGCAUUGGAAUCUGGUAUUCCUGGAACAGAAAACAGAGCACCUCUGGACAGCAGUUGGAAGAUGGUGGCUGCACCUCACACCCAGACAGCGUGAGCAGCUCCUCCAGCAGCAGGAACGGCCUGGACAGCCCUCUCAAGUGUUCUGUGAAGAGGACCCCAGAACAACCGUCUACGAGGAAGCCUCUUAUUGCCCCAUAGAUCCCACUGCCAUCUGCUCUCCCCAUGGGCCUCCCCAAGCUGCCUUCAUCCCUUUUUUUCUCUCCAUCUGUCCCAUCCCAGCCAACCCGAGUUCCUCCAGAGACACCAGGACCAGCCCAGCACCUUCCAGCCCUUCCUGAGACCAACACAUCCCUUCCUCUGCCCCUGAGCCCUCUGGCCUUGCCCUCUAAGAAACACUGAAGGU